AGCCUCUGAUUGGUCAGUUUUUGCUUAAUUGCUAAUGAAUAUUGAUGAGGUACCUAAUAGUAUAUAAGGAGGUGACCAGCAGCAGUCAAUCACUUCUCACUAAAACAAGAAAUCAUCUCACAAGAAGAAGGAUACUGUCUAUCAAGGAAAGGAAUCAUGAAGACUCUACUCUCACUCUUCUGUCUGGUUACUUACCUGACCUGUGCUCUCAGUGCUAAUGGCUGGCCAGUCUCUCUUGACAUGGCUUGUAAUAAAGCUCUUUCUGCAGUUGCUUGCACUUUUGAGUUCACCAACGAUGCAAAUGAGAAUCUUUAUCUGCUGAAACGUGGUACACCUCUUGAAGGACUCAUCUCUCGAUUCAUCACUGUCUCUGUUGCUGGUAGUCCUAUUGAAUAUGAUGGACCAUUUGUUCAUCGUCUUCCUCCUACAAAGGAUGAGUUUGUUCUCUUGAAGGCAGGUGAGAGUAUUUCUACAACAGUCCAAAUCACUGAUGCCUUUAGCAUUGAUACUGAUGGUCUCUACACUGUACAAUACAGUAGACCUUUACAGUAUCUGUCAGUGGAUGAGAUGAGUGAAUUGUCUAAUGGCCUAAUAAUGGAAUCAACAGUACAGGAAUCUAUUCACAUCUAUUUGGAGGACACUCGUGUUCUCCUAAAACCAAGGGGCCCAGAGGAAACAGAUAAAGUUGACUACACUGUUAACAUCGAAUCCUGCAGCAGUGCUAGCUUUGUCGGUGGUACUGCAGCAAACAACAAAGGAACACUUGAUGCUCACAAAAAGCUCUGCAGUGGGAUCGAUAAAGUAAAUAUUGGUAAUAAUACUCUGUAUGUGAAAUGGUUUGGGGCUUUCACAUCAGCAAGGGAAACAAAAGUAAAGGAUGUCUAUAAGAAAAUAAGGGAUGGAUUGGCAGGUAAAACAGUUACUUAUGUGAAUGGUGGCUCACAUUGUGCACCUAGGAUGUAUGGCUAUACCUGGAAAGGUGUCACUAAGGUUCAUGUUUGUGAUCUUUUUUAUACAUUUCCUGUUUCUUGUGGAAGCCCUGGUACUUACACCAAGGAGUUUGGAUUGAUUCAUGAAUGGAGUCAUGCUUUUGGUUACACUGAUGAUGUUGUGUAUGGCUCCUCUCAAAGUCAAGAUUUAGCUAAAACCAAUCCUGAUAAAGCAGUUAAAAAUGCUGAUAGCUACGGAUGGCAUUACUGCGAAUCUCAGUAACUGGAUCAGACCAUUCAUCAAAGCCAAGAACUUAAGAUUAGGACUCAUGCAACACUAUAGGACAUGCA